UCUGGCUUUGGUGAGGCGCUGCUCUUCCUGGAGUUCCCGGUGGGUUUUACGCCAGCGACAAGAUGGUGGUUAAGAGCGAGUUCGUGUCGUCCGGCUACUACGUGCAACAGCGACCCUGGACACCAACCAAGAGGAGGGGACCCAUCUCGUCCGACUUCAAAACCCCAGGACCGGGCGCGUUCACCAUUCCAUCAACCAUCGGUUACCAAACCAGCACAAAUGUCACCAAGGGCUCGAAGGCUCCGUCCUACUCAUUCGGCGCUAAGAUAGAAGAAAAGAAGGACCUUUUCGUUCCUGGACCCGGAACGUACAACAUCGCCGGUCUUUCCGAGAAAGGCAAGGAAACUGUGCCGGCGCCCUUCAUUGCCGCCAAGAUCAAGGAACCCGAGGGCUUCAAGACACCAGCGCCCGGAGCCUACAACCCGGAGAAGGCCGAAGGCAGCGUACUCAACGCGGCUCCCAGCUACACUUUCGGGUCCAAGAUCAAGGAUCCCAAGCCAGCCGACAUCCCCGAGUCCGACCACCAGAGCCAGGAAGAAACUCGCCGCCCGCUCAUAAUCAGGAACAGGCGUGCUCCCAGAUUCUCAUUCGGACUAAAAUUAAAGAGCCUCUUCAGACCCAACGACUACCCGGCGCCUGGGACUUACGACGUCGAAAAAAGCCAGCCAGUAGUCUACCCUAAAUCCCCUUCCUUCUCCAUACGUCGUAGAUUUCCCGACCCAAGUCCGGAUGUGUUUCCUGCACCCGGAGACUACAGGCCGGAAAAAGCAGACGAUACGGUGUACCCAAAAUCACCAAGUUACUCUAUACGCCGCAAGUUUAAAUCUACAGAUCCCGAAAGCUUCCAGUACCCCGCUCCGGAUGCCUACAGUCCCGAACGCUGUCAAGGGGCACUUGCCAAAGCACCCAAGUAUUCUUUCGGAAACAAGCACAAAGACAAAGAACCAGACAACUAUGAAGUACCCGCGCCAGGAAGUUACGACACGAAGAGAUCUGAACGAGUUGUCUUCUCAAAAGCACCAGAGAUCAGCAUGGGCUGCAAGUUGAACGGAGUCACGCCAGAUGGCUCAGAGUUUCCUGGUCCCGCAACAUACAAUGCCCGAACGAACGAAGAGAGUUCUUUUUCGAAACCACCGAGUUAUUCGAUUGGACGAAGGCUACACAGUCCUCAAAGGGAAAGCUUCCCCGCACCGACAGACUACGAUCCCGUAAAGGCGGACGGCACAGUCUACACUAGGAGUCCAAAGUACUCCAUAGGCUUCAAGCUCAAAGAGAGACCUCCAGACUUCUUGGAAUUUCCAGCUCCAGGUAAUUAUGACGUCGACAAAGCCGACAUGUGGAUACGUAGCAGCACCCCAAAGCCGAGCAUCGGUUUGAGACUAAGCAAGAGGCUACCAGAGAGCUACGACUACCCUGGUCCAGGAGAUUAUAGCAUUGCCAAAUGCGACUCGGCGACCUUCGAAAGUUCGCCAAAGUACAGCAUAGGCAUAAAGCCCAAAGAAACGACACAAGAAGACAGUGGAUUUCCUGCUCCAGGCGAAUACGCCAUCGCCAAAUGCGACAACGCGACCCGACACAGCAGUCCCAAGUUCAGUAUGGGCACGAAGCCGACAUGGUCACUUCAAGAAGGCGCAGAUUUCCCCGCCCCAGGAGACUACAACGUGGCGAAAUCUGACAACGUGAGACUGAGCAACUCGCCCAAGUACAGUAUCGGAACAAAACUCAGGGAAACACUUCCGGAAAGCGCCGAAUUUCCGGCUCCAGGAGCUUACAGCAUUGACAGGGGAGAUGCUGUGAUAAGCUGCGCUAGCCCAAAAUACAGCAUCGGAUCCAGAUUAAGGACGAGGUUACCCGAAAGUGCUGACUUUCCUGCUCCAGGACACUACAGCGUCGAGAGAGGAGAAACCUUAAUAAGAAGUAGUAGUCCCAAGUACACAAUGGGUUCCAAGCCAAGGGAAACGCUUCCUGAAAAUGUCGACUUUCCCGCUCCCGGAACAUACGACCCCACCAGAAGCGAUGCCGUCAUUUACAGCAGUUCGCCGAAGUACAGUGUAAGCUGUAGAUUCACGGAAAGACCGCCCGAGUCCAUCAUGUUUCCCGGUCCCGGAGACUAUUGUCCGGAUGUAUCCGACCAUGUCGUGAAGAUGAGGCCGCCACAUUACAGUUUUGGCUGCAAACUGAAGCCGCCUAGGCCUUACAGCGCGGAAUAUCCCGCGUCUUGUACUUAUAGUCCCGAGCACAGCACCAAAGCCGUCCGCACAUCGGCGCCCAAAUUUACGUUCGGAAGCAAAAUAUCGGACGCCUCGCCUGAGCGGCAUCUUUACCCUGGCCCGGCUGACUACGAUCCAGUCAAAGGGAGAGAAUAUGUGUCUAGGAGAGCUCCCAGAUAUAGUUUCCGGUCGAGGCUGAAGGAGAGGCCGCCGGACAACCUUCAAUUUCCCGCGCCGGGAUCUUACGACCCGGACAGAGGCAAUCCAGCGCUGUUCGGCUCACUUCCAACACGAAGCAAGUCCAGGAGCCCCCGAAGGACAAGAUCACACGAACGCGACGACAGAAAUGGAACAGAAACUGAAGACAAAUCAGCAGGAGAAAUGCGGCGUAGCAGAUCACUUCGAAUCGUAAGAAGCGUUAAAGAUCAAGAACUCUCAGGAAAAGAGAACAUCUCAAAAUCGGAGGGCCACAUUGCAUCGCGCCAACGCAACGUAACCUUUCAGCAACCUAGGGAAAGAAAAUGUCGUUCAAAGAGAACUGACAUAUCCGUUGAAAAGGCGACGAAUAAGGGUACAUGCCUCAAACAAUCAGUGGUAGAUGGCAGCUUGACCAAGAGGACGACGCUUCUCGAGACGUCUAUGGACGCUCCAAAAAGACACUUGUCUCCAGAAUCGAAGAUCCGCAAUAUUGUAAGUCCCCCGAGGACCAUCAAGAUGGCGCCAAGGUCUCCAGAUGGAGUAGAUUUUUGGAAACCUCCUGGCGCCGGACCUUUCUAUGCCAGACUUCAUCAGUCUGGCGACCCUUCGUCAGCUGUUUCUCCUGCCGAAGCAGAAGACAACAGCAAAGUGACGUUUGAAUCAGGAGCUAGCCUCCUUUCCAGGGAAGGCUUUGCAGGACCAUCACGUGAUCAAACAUUCGGAUCAGAAUAUUACGACACUAGCGUAUGCGAGAAGCUACGUUUCUCUCACUGCCCCACCUUUCCGAUGCGAGGAAAAACGAAGAUGCCCAAAGAGCCUACGCCCGCUCCUGGAGAUUAUGACCCAGAGAAGGCAGAUCCUUGGGUGAGACCCGUGUCUCCAUCAUAUUCAUUUGGACUCAAGAUUUCAUGUCAGCCGUCGUGUGACCUUCCCGCUCCUGGGGACUACAGUCCUGAAAGAGCCGACAAGGCUGUCUACCCAGCGGCGCCCAGAUGCUUUUUCAGUCGAAGAACGGAGGACAUCGACGACACGUUCGAAAGACGUCACUCACCCGGCGCCUACUGUCCCGAGAAGGCCGACACAGUGCUUGCUGCCACACCUGCUUACAGCUUUGGUUUGAAGCCUAAGGACUUGAGGCCCGAUGACAUUCCCGCACCUGGCAGCUACAGCCCAGAGAAAGCUGACAAAGUGCUGGAUGCAACACCAGCUUACAGCUUCGGCUCCAAGCAUAAAGACCUUAGGCCCGACGAUGUUCCUGCACCCGGAACCUACCAGCCGGAGAAAGCUGACAAGGUACUUGAUGGAGCACCUUCUUACAGCUUCGGCUCCAAGCAUAAAGACCUUAGGCCCGAUGAUGUUCCUGCACCCGGAACCUACCGGCCGGAAAAAGCUGACAAAGUACUAGCAUCUACACCUUCUUACAGCUUCGGCUCCAAGCAUAAAGACCUGAGGCCGGACGAUGUUCCGGCACCCGGAAGCUACCGGCCAGAGAAAGCUGACAAAGUACUUGCAGGAACACCUUCUUACAGCUUCGGCUCCAAGCAUAAAGACUUUAGGCCUGACGAUGUUCCUGCACCCGGAACCUACCGGCCGGAAAAAGCUGACAAAGUACUAGCUGCUACACCUUCUUACAGCUUCGGCUCCAAGCAUAAAGACCUGAGGCCGGACGAUGUUCCAGCACCCGGAACCUACCGGCCAGAAAAAGCUGACAAAGUACUAGCUGCUACACCUUCUUACAGCUUUGGCUCCAAGCAUAAAAACCUGAGGCCGGGCGAUGUUCCCGCCCCCGGAACCUACCGGCCGGAGAAGGCUUACAAAGUACUUGCUGGAACACCUUCUUACAGCUUCGGCUCCAAGCAUAAAGACCUUAGGCCGGACGAUGUUCCAGCACCCGGAAGCUACCGGCCAGAGAAAGCUGAUAAAGUACUUGCUGGAACACCUUCUUACAGCUUCGGCUCCAAGCAUAAAGAACUUAGGGGUGACGAUGUUCCUGCACCCGGAACCUACCGGCCAGAAAAAGCUGACAAAGUACUAGCUGCUACACCUUCUUACAGCUUUGGCUCCAAGCAUAAAAACUUGAGGCCGGACGAUGUUCCCGCACCCGGAAGCUACCGGCCGGAGAAAGCUUACAAAGUACUUGCUGGAACACCUUCUUACAGCUUCGGCUCCAAGCAUAAAGACCUUAGGCCCGACGAUGUUCCUGCACCAGGGACCUACCGGCCGGAAAAAGCUGACAAAGUACUAGCUGCUGCACCUUCUUACAGCUUCGGCUCCAAGCAUAAAGACCUUAGGCCCGACGAUGUCCCGGCACCCGGAAGCUACCGGCCGGAGAAAGCUGACAAAGUACUCGCUGGAGCACCUUCUUACAGCUUCGGCUCCAAGCAUAAAGACCUUAGGCCCGACGAUGUUCCUGCACCGGGAACCUACCGGCCGGAGAAAGCUGACAAAGUACUAGCUGCAUCCCCGUCUUACAGCUUCGGCUCCAAGCAUAAGGACCUUAAGCCCGACGGUGUUCCUGCACCCGGAACGUACCGGCCAGAGAAAGCUGACAAAGUACUAACUGCAACACCUUCCUACAGCUUCGGCUCCAAGCAUAAAGAUCUUAAGCCCCACGACAUUCCCGCACCCGGCACCUACUACCCCGAGAAAGCUGACAGAGUACUAACCGCAACACCAUCGUACAGCUUCGGUUCCAAGCAAAAACCUCUUAGCCCUAACGGCGUGCCUGCACCAGGUACCUACUGCCCUGAGAAAGCUGACAAAAUACUAGCGGCCACACCUUCCUACAGUUUUGGUUCCAGGCAAAAGGAUCGUGUGCCAAACGGCAUUCCCGCGCCCGGUGCCUACAGCCCCGAGAAAGCUGACAAAGUUCUAGCAGCUACGCCGGCCUACAGUUUCGGUUCCAAGCAUAAAGACCUUAGGCCCGAUGAUGUUCCCGCCCCCGGUGCCUACUGUCCCGAGAAAGCAGACAACGUGCUUGCUGUCACCCCUGCUUACUCCUUUGGUCUCAAGCCAAAGGAUGCUAGACCGGACGACAUUCCUGCACCGUGCAAGUACAACGUCCCGGACACCGACACCUACAAGAGCAAGUCUCCGGCGUACACCCUCAGUUACCGGACCAACAUCCCAUCAGACCAGACGAAGAAGCCCGGACCCGGAGCCCACUCACCCGAGAGAGUGUGGAUGAACAAAAGCAGCUCGCCAAGGUUCACCUUCGGUAUCAGGCACAGCCCGGUAGCCGAGAACCCCAAGUAGACCUUUCACUGCCACGGCAAGCACCGCCAUCUACCGCACAAAACGGCCCGUGGAAGACUAAGAAGUUGAAGUUCCUGAAGAGGGCGGACAACUACGACUGCACAGGCGCCACCUGUGUGCGUCAACCCGAAGGAAAGCCUUGACAAAGAGCACCAAAAGUUGAUGGCCACAAUUUUUGUCUUCCGUUUAGCACCAAGCGAAAAUAUUCGAAGUCUGGGCAUCAUAUAGAACAAGCUAUGGAAAACAACAGGGAGUCGUGUGCAAAGUUCGGGCGAGAACCAGACAUUGUGGAGGCACCCAGCGUGUGCUCCUGAGAAAUAUAUGCAAUAUGCCUUAAGAUGUGUUGCAUCAUGCCACUGUUUUUUUGUUUUUUUUUUACAUAAUAACUUUUGAUACGCUAAAUAAGCUGAAACUAAAACACAUUUUUUCAAGUUCAAUCGAUUUAGCGCACUCUUUAUUUGCUUUAUAAUAUGCCAAUAGGUCAUCAAUUCAUUCUUUUAUCAUUUUUUUUUAAGUUUAAAGUAGAUUUAUUUUGAAGUCUAGAUAUUUUUUUUUUCUACAACUCCGACAAUUUAUUGCCGCUCGUUUGGUCACAUUCCUUAACUGCUUCAUUUCGCCACGCUUUUCACGUCUUCUUACUCACAAUGUUUAGAAAAUGGCUUUAUUUUUACACUCAAAAGAAUAUAAUAAAUAUAAAACGUUUUUUACAAACCAA